ACCUCGGAUCCGGGGGAGGCGCUGGGGCCGCAGGUUCAAGAGUGAGGUCCCGGGUAUUGAUCCCGCGCGGCCGCGAGGCGGCGCUGAUCCUGCGUCCCGCGAGGGCCAGCGGACUUCGGGAGGGGGCGCCCGAUCCCGCGGCUCGGCGCCGCUUCCCGGGAAGUUUCAAGUUUGAAAGUCCUGGCGGAGCGGCCGAGGCUUCCGGAAUCGGAGUGGUGGAGAGGAGGGGCCGGGAGGCCGAAGUGCCGCCAUGGAGGAGGGGGCGCCGCGGCAGCCUGGGGCAGGCCAGAGGCCCCCAGAGGAUGAGAAAGAGGUGAUCCGCAGAGCCAUCCAGAAGGAGCUGAAAAUCAAGGAAGGUGUGGAGAACCUGCGGCGGGUGGCCACAGACCGCCGCCACCUGGGCCACGUGCAACAGCUGCUUCGGUCCUCCAACCGCCGUCUGGAGCAGCUGCACGGAGAGCUUCGGGAGCUGCACGCCCGCGUCCUGCUGCCCAGCCCCGGGCCUGGCCUGGCUGAACCUCUGGCUGCAGGACCCCGGCCACUGACAGAGCAGCCUAGGGCCCGGCACCUGGAGGCUCUCCAGAGGCAGCUGCAGGUGGAGUUGAAGGUAAAGCAGGGGGCUGAGAAUAUGACCCACACGUAUGCCAGUGGCACCCCCAAGGAGAGGAAACUCCUGGCAGCCGCUCAGCAGAUGCUGCAGGACAGCCAGCUGAAGGUGGCCCUGCUGCGAAUGAAAAUCAGCAGCCUGGAAGCCAGUGGGUCCCCUGAGCCAGGUGAGGCCUGGAGGGACAGGGAUGGGCAGGGCAGAACAGGGCGAGGCCUGAGGGCUGACUCCCUUCUCCCAGGUCCUGAGCUGCUGGCAGAGGAGCUGAGGCAUCGACUGCGCAUUGAGGCUGCUGUGGCCGAGGGUGCCAAGAACGUGGUGAAGCUGCUGGGUAGCCGGCGAACGCAAGAUCGCAAGGUGCUGGCCGAGGCUCAGGCCCAGCUCCAGGAGUCCUCCCAGAAACUGGACCUCCUGCGGCUGGCCUUGGAGCAGCUGCUGGAGGGCCUACCUCCUGCCCACCCUCUGCGUGGCAGAGUGGCCCGGGAGCUGCGGACGGCUGUGUCUGGGACCCCCCGGUCUUCAGGGAUGCCUGUGAAGCCUGCUGCCCUGACAGGGACGCUGCAGGUCCACCUCCUGGGCUGUGAACAGCUGCUGACAGCCGUGCCUGGACGUUCCCCAGUAGCCGUGCUGGCUGGGAGCCCCUCCCAGAGCUGGCUUCGGGGCAGGGCCAAGCAGCAGCGUGGUGGAGGCGAGCUGGCCAGUGAGGUACUGGCUGUGCUGAAAGUGGACAAUCGUGUUGUGGGCCACACAGGCUGGGGUCCGGUGGCCAAGCAGUCCUGGGACCAGACCUUUGUGGUCCCCCUGGAACGGGCCCGAGAGCUGGAGGUUGGGGUGCAUUGGCGCGACUGGCGGCAACUGUGUGGCGUGGCCUUCUUGCGGCUGGAAGACUUCCUGGACAAUGCCUGUCACCAGCUCUCCCUCAGCCUGGUGCCAAAGGGGCUGCUCUUCGCCCAGGUGACCUUCUGUGACCCUGUCAUUGAGAGGAGGCCCCGGCUGCAGAGGCAGAAACGCAUUUUCUCUAAACGCAGAGGUCGGGACUUCCUAAGGGCUUCCCAGAUGAACCUCAGCAUGGCGGCCUGGGGGCGCUUGGUCACGAGCCUUCUGCCCCCCUGCAGCUCUCCAAGCACAAUCAGCCCCCCCAAAGGGUGCCCCCAGACCCUGGCCACACCCCGGGGAGCUGCAGACUUUGCCUCACCCAGUAAUUGCCCACCCAAGAAGACCCCCUUGGAAGAAGAGAUGAGGCCCCCUCCCAAGCCCCCACGCCUCUGCCUGCCCCGCGAGUCAAUCCCCGAGGAGACACCGCGCACCAAACGCCCUCACAUGGAGGCCAGGAGUCCGGUUGGGCUGUCUCUACCAGCCUCCGCCACCAGGAAACCCCCCCGGCUUCAGGACUUCCGCUGCCUGGCCGUGCUGGGCCGGGGACACUUCGGAAAGGUCCUCCUGGCCCAGUUCAAGGGCACAGGGAAAUACUAUGCCAUCAAAGCGCUGAAGAAACAGGAGGUGCUGAGCCGGGACGAGAUAGAGAGCCUGUAUUGUGAGAAACGGAUCCUGGAGGCUGUGGGCUGCGCGGGGCACCCCUUCCUGCUCCCCCUCCUUGCCUGCUUCCAGACCUCCAGCCACGCCUGCUUGGUGACCGAGUUCGUGCCUGGUGGUGACCUCAUGAUGCAGAUCCAUGACGAUGUCUUUCCUGAGCCCCAGGCUCGAUUCUAUCUGGCCUGUGUGGUCCUGGGGCUGCAGUUCUUACACGAGAAGAAGAUCAUUUACAGGGACCUCAAGUUGGAUAAUCUUCUGCUGGACGCUCAAGGUUUCCUGAAGAUCGCAGACUUCGGGCUAUGCAAGGAAGGGAUCGGCUUUGGGGACCGGACAAGCACCUUCUGUGGCACCCCGGAGUUCCUGGCCCCCGAGGUGCUGACCCAGGAGGCCUACACGCGGGCUGUGGACUGGUGGGGGCUGGGCGUGCUGCUCUACGAGAUGCUGGUGGGCGAGUGCCCGUUCCCGGGGGACACUGAGGAGGAGGUGUUUGACUGCAUUGUCAAUGCUGAUGCCCCGUAUCCCCGUUUUCUGUCGGUGCAAGGGCUGGAGCUCAUUCAGAAGCUCCUCCAGAAGUGCCCGGAGAAGCGCCUGGGGGCAGGUGAGCAGGACGCCGAGGAGGUCAAGACUCAGCCUUUCUUCAGGACCACCGACUGGCAGGCCCUGCUCGCCCGUGCUGUCCAGCCCCCCUUCCUGCCCAGCCUCUAUGGCCCUACAGACCUGCGCUACUUUGAGGGCGAGUUCACGGGGCUGCCGCCUGCCCUGACGCCCCCUGACCCCCGCAGCCCCCUCACCGCCCGUCAACAGGUUGCCUUCCAGGACUUUGACUUCGUGUCAGAGCAGUUCCUGGAGCCCUGAGGGCCCCUCCUGGCAUCUCCGCCCCUGUACCCCAGACUGUUAGAGCCCUGCUCACCCACCUGUCUGCCCAUCUGGGUGCCCAGGCCUUGCUGGCAUGUCUGAACCCUUGGGACUUGAGGUGGUGGCCCCGGCGUGCUGUGGUGGGCUUUCCUCCAUCACUGCCCACCUGGCCCACUCCCGCCACCCUUCCUCUGCCUCCCAGUGAGACCUGGCCCAGGAAGGCUCACACAGCUAGGAGCCGUUUGGUUUGUUUGUUUUUAAUACUUGACUUGCUUUAAGGAUCAUUAAAUAUAUAAAACUGUG